GUACAACGCAGGCGGACACACACGGAGAAGAGCUCCACCAACUCCACACGUAGGAGCCAGACGUUUCUCGACCCCUCACGUCGCCGUUUAGAAGAAAAACACACACACACGCGCACGAGACACCGUUAAAAAGUUAGCAGACUAUGCUAAACGGGCGGCCGCCGCCGAAGUUAGCCGCUCCUCGGAAGUUCGCCGGGCUGCCGUUUUCCGUUACGCUCGCCUUUUAAACGCAAACAGCGCGCGCAGAAAUGAACGAGUCGGACGUUUUCUGCGAUGUUCGGACGAACUCGUCGGGCUGCGUGAACCGGACGGGGUCCUCCUUCAGCCCGAUGGACGUCGCGUCCUUCAUGCACAUCUUCCCCACCGUGUACGGCGUGCUGUGCUCGGUGGGCGUCCUGGCCAACAGCCUGGUCAUCUACGCCGUGGCCACCUGCAAGAAGAAGAUGGUCUCCGACAUCUACGUGCUGAACCUGGCCGUGGCCGACCUGCUUUUCCUGCUCGUCAUGCCCUUCAACAUCCACCAGCUGGUGAGGGACAGGCAGUGGGUCUUCGGGAACUUCAUGUGCAAAGCCGUGGUGGUGGUCGACGUCAGCAACCAGUUCACCACAGUGGGCAUAGUCACCGUGCUCUGCAUAGACAGGUACAUUGCCAUUGUCCAUCCCACCUCAGAGAACCGGACCAUCCAGUGGACCAUUGUCAUCAACCUGCUGGUGUGGGUGGGCAGUUUUCUCCUCACCAUCCCUGUCAUGAUAUACGCCAAGGUGAUCUCUGAGAAGCACAUGAACGUAUGUAUGAUGUACCUGGACAGCCCUAAGGACAUGUAUUGGUACACGCUGUACCAGUCCACGCUGGGCUUCAUCGUGCCCCUCAUCAUAAUCAGUACUUUUUACUCUCUGACUCUGUACCACGUGUUCCGCUCCAUCCGGCGGGUCAAGCGCAAGCAGUCGGUGUGGGCCAAGCGCGCCACCAAGAUGGUGCUGAUGGUCAUCGCCCUAUUUCUGCUGUGCUGGUCCCCGUACCACGUCAUCCAGGUGAUCAACCUGAGCAUCCAGCACCCCACCAGCAUCUUCAUCUACGCCUACAACAUCAGCAUUUGCCUGAGUUACUCGCACAGCUGCAUCAAUCCACUCAUGCUCCUCAUCUUCGCCCAGAACUACCGCGAGCGCCUCUGCCACCGUCGCGACCUCCGCAGCUCUCACACCACCAUGUCCAAAACCACGGUGAAGACGGAGGGGGGCUCCAGCGUCAGCCCAGACACCACCCAUCGCUGCACCGUCAUCUGACCAGCGCUGCUUAGAUUUGAUCAGAUGUUCCCGCUAACGGAUUUGAUCAGACGUAUGCCGAGAUGUAGGUUGAGACACAUUCCUGCAUUCCAAACAAAAAUGAAGAUAAACCGAAGCAAAGGUAUUCAGGGUUCAGGCCCUGACGAACAGCAUGAGUUUGUUACAGUAAGGAUACACAGAUACACAUUCCUGCAUUGCAAAAAAUACUUGUUAGGGCUGAUUUGUACCACUGCACUCGCCCGUAUACUUAUACUUUAUAUAUAUUUAAAUGCAUGGAAUUCAGGAGCAGUGUUGCAUUUACCAAACAACGAUGGAGAGAUAAUGAAGAAUAAUGAAGAAGAAGCCAUUUUUGACCCCAAGACUUGUAGCAAAGAGAGAACAGACAGAAGUAAAAUACUGGAUUCAGUAAAUCAUCUGGCACAUCGUAUCCGCCACCAACACCUGCACCACCGGAUAUUCCACAACCAAAUGAAUAUUUGCUUGACGCUCAGCAUCACGUAUAGUUGAGCUCUUUGCAGCAGCACAUCAAGCUGUUCAUAUACAUUUAUAUGCAUCUUUGCCGAAGUGUAGCUCUGCCUUUAGACUGUGGUAAAUGGGGUCGCUACAGAAGGACCCCAGUCGAUAUGAUUGAGAAACACUGCAGGAUGUUGAUGACUGGGUCCAGAUAUUAACUGACGAUGACUGUGUUUGUGGCGCACAUUCAGGCUGACACAUGAAAUACAUGCAAUAAACCCUGCAUCAUCGUUCACUUCUGUUGCAUGUUUUUGAGCAUGCUGACUGUUUUCUCCACAUUCAGCUUUAAGAAACUGGAUAUUUAUACAUGCACUCUUACUGGAGUGAGGGUAUCUAUUCUGAUUUGCUGUGGUUUUUCUAUAAAGCAGCAGUCUGUCACUGUUGCUCCUGAGCCGCUAGUGGCCCACAAGCGAGUAGCUUGUUAGGAUGUUUUGAAAGCAGUGUGGCAGACAUUGCCGUAAAUCAUGUUUUCUAAUGUCUCUGAUUUUGGUUUUGCCUUUUAACAACAUGCAGAGAGAGAAAUAGAAAAAGCGCCUGUGGUGGGUGGGCAUGACUGUGAACUGCACACUGACCACAAGUCUGCCUGCUAAAAUAGCCUGAGAAGUCAUCUUUUUGUUCAGUGUGUUGUUAGUGCCCAAUGAGAAGGUCAUAUUAACUCAGUUGAGGGCACUUAUCACAUUUAUGUAAUGUUGUCUCACAAACUGUAAUAUGCGUAUGAACCAUUGGUGUUCUGGAUUUUGUAACGAGACCAUGAGCUCUACAACUGCACUACGAGAAGUCUGUAUGAAUAGCAUUACAUUUUUUAUUAUUAUUGUUGUUGUUAUUAUUACUAGUUGUAUUAUUAGUAGUUACCAGCGGUUGUAAAAUUCAGUGAACGUCAGUGGGUAUUACCACAGACCAAUGCUUUGUUUACAAGUGUAAUAUCAGCUCAUAUAAAGUAUGUGUGUGAUUUGCCA